AUGAACCAUCCCCCGCCAUCGCGGGGAAAGCGUGGCAAGAAAAUACUACUUCCUGCCAUUAGCCUCAGGAACCCGCCAUAUUGGACGUACUUCACUGCCAAACUACUUCACCUACUCAGCCCACGCCGAGAGAAGAGGUUCCAGGGGGUCGUCAUCCACCAUCGAGGACCAGGAUCAACCACCGAGUCAUCCAACAACGGAGACAAGGGGAGGCCUGGACAUCACGAGACGUCACCUCGGGGGGAAUUCAUCUACCCUCAAGAUCUUCUCCUCGACGCCUUGGGUACCGAGGCAGGACCCUCGUGGGGUUCCGAGGGGCACACCUCUCCCCCGAGCUCCUGUUAUGGUGUUUCUAUGGUAUCUUAUGGUGUUUUCAUGUUACAGACGCCCUGGGUACCGAGGCAGGAUCCUCGUGGGGUUCUGAGGGGCAGACCUCUCCCCCGAGCUCCUGUUAGGGUGUUGCUAUGGUAUCUUAUGGUGUUUUCAUGUUACAGACGCCCUGGGUACCGAGGCAGGAUCCUCGUGGGGUUCCGAGGGGCAGACCUCUCCCCCGAGCUCCUACGCCCUGGGUACCGAGGCAGGAUCCUCGUGGGGUUCCGAGGGGCAGACCUCUCCCCCGAGCUCCUGUUAUGGUGUUUCUAUGACGCCCUGGGUACCGAGGCAGGAUCCUCGUGGGGUUCCGAGGGGCAGACCUCUCCCCCGAGCUCCUGUGCUACCCCUAACUCUGCCUCUGAUGUUCCUGACGCCGAACUCACCUUCACCGUAGGAGUCACGGAGGCUACACCUUACGCCUGUCAGUUUUGUGACAAGGCCUUCCCUAGGCUGAGCUACCUCAAGAAACAUGAACAGACGCACAGCGAGCACAUGCCGUUCAGAUGCGAGUUCUGCAGCAGACUGUUCAAGCACAAGCGCAGCAGAGAUCGUCAUAUCAAGCUGCACACGGGCGACAAGAAAUACCGCUGCAACCAGUGCGACGCCGCCUUCUCCAGGAGUGAUCAUCUCAAGAUCCAUAUGAAGACUCAUGACAAUCAAAAGCCAUUCCAGUGUACAAUCUGUAACAGAGGCUACAAUACUGCAGCCGCCCUUACCAGUCAUAUGCAGAAUCACAAGAAGUCAUGUGACGGAUCUUCUCCGUCUCCCUCCUCUACACCAGGCUCUACGUUCAAGUGUCUUCAGUGCGGAGAAGUCUUCCGCAAGCCAGAGGAACUCCAGAACCACAUGGUGACCCAUCACAACGUAGAGGGUGGUGGAGGUACCCCACCUGUACCCCCGUCCCCCCGCCGUACACCACACUACCCCCACAGUCCUCGCUUAGCCUGCAUGUACUGUACCAAGGACAACUUCAACACCAUGGAGUCGCUACAACUGCAUGUUCAAGCUAUGCAUGGUUCCAUUCUCAACGGAGAGAUGCACCGAGAGUUGUCCCUCUUCUCUCCCCAAACUUCACCCUCGCCUAGUCUUCUUUCGCAUCCGCUACUUUCUACCCCUCCCUCCCCCACUUUACCAUACUCUUGUCAACUAUGCACCAUGAGGUUCCACUCCAUCCCCUCGCUACAGAAGCACGCUCUCACCGUCCACGGGUUCCGCGCCAAAGAGAGUUCAUUGUUCUGCGUCCAGUGCAACCUCCAGUUUCCGACACCAGCGUUGUUUGCCGAACAUUACGUUCUGUUCCACGGGACAGCCAUGGGGCUGUUUGCUCAAUCAGUGGAACAGAUGAAACCAACGGACCUGUCUUUGACAAAGAAGACUUCUAGACACUCAGAAGAGAGGCCAAGCAAAAGACUGAGAUCCGAAAAUGGGAUUUCCAAUGGGAUAGAUGCCAGAAGAACACCCAGUGGGAUCCAUAACCAGUACGACCAUCCAGGCAGCCUGUUGUGUAAUCAAUGCAAUGCAGCCUUGCCAGACUUUGAGGCAUUCCGCAGUCAUAUCAAGUCACAUAUAGACGAGGCAGGGGGUCUGCUAGGUGGUGGGGAGCCCCGUAAAGCCCCACCUGUAGUCUGUCCCCACUGCGGGGCCCAGCUAGCCUCUCAGGAGGAACUCCCUCAACAUUUGACCAGUCACUUUCUCGCGACGGCAACUGAGUACGGAUGCCAGAGCUGCAUGAAACUUUUCACUAAGCCAGACGAACUACAGAAACAUCUGAUGGACAUUCAUGCUCACCAUCUAUACAGAUGUGCCCUCUGCAAAGAGAUGUUUGACUCUAAAGUGGCAAUACAGGUCCACUUUGCCGUGAAGCACAGUAACGAGUCCAAGCUAUUUCGAUGUACAGCUUGUCCUUCAGUUGCUGUUUACCGCUCGGAGAUGGACUUUACACUUCACGUCAGGACGAUGCACACGCCACAACAUCUUGCAUCUCCAAAACCUCCAAUAGUGCAGGCUGGUAUGUUCCGUUGUCUGUUCUGUCAUCUCAGUUUCCCCUCUGAACUAGAGAUGCAGCUCCAUCUGCCUGUACACACCAAGCAAUUCCAUUGUCACCUCUGUCAAGAAUCUUUCCCAGUCGAGUUCCUUCUGGACAAACAUCUUCAGACUCAUCAUUCAGCACAGGUUCUGAAUGGAGCAGAAGAGGUUGAUCACAAGCCUAGCAAGGGAGUGAAGACUUCUCCAUCCAGCCAUCCCUCGUCGAAUGGUAACAUUUCCGAUAACAAGAAGCAGGACUCGGUGAAUAACAACAUUGUCGUGAGCAGCUGUGAGAUCUGUGAAAGAAGUGACUUUAGCUCAGAAGCGGAGUUGGCAGCUCAUCGUAAACUCUUGUUUGAUCAUCUCAAGAUCCAUAUGAAGACUCAUGACAAUCAAAAGCCAUUCCAGUGUACAAUCUGUAACAGAGGCUACAAUACUGCAGCCGCCCUUACCAGUCAUAUGCAGAAUCACAAGAAGUCAUGUGACGGAUCUUCUCCGUCUCCCUCCUCUACACCAGGCUCUACGUUCAAGUGUCUUCAGUGCGGAGAAGUCUUCCGCAAGCCAGAGGAACUCCAGAACCACAUGGUGACCCAUCACAACGUAGAGGGUGGUGGAGGUACCCCACCUGUACCCCCGUCCCCCCGCCGUACACCACACUACCCCCACAGUCCUCGCUUAGCCUGCAUGUACUGUACCAAGGACAACUUCAACACCAUGGAGUCGCUACAACUGCAUGUUCAAGCUAUGCAUGGUUCCAUUCUCAACGGAGAGAUGCACCGAGAGUUGUCCCUCUUCUCUCCCCAAACUUCACCCUCGCCUAGUCUUCUUUCGCAUCCGCUACUUUCUACCCCUCCCUCCCCCACUUUACCAUACUCUUGUCAACUAUGCACCAUGAGGUUCCACUCCAUCCCCUCGCUACAGAAGCACGCUCUCACCGUCCACGGGUUCCGCGCCAAAGAGAGUUCAUUGUUCUGCGUCCAGUGCAACCUCCAGUUUCCGACACCAGCGUUGUUUGCCGAACAUUACGUUCUGUUCCACGGGACAGCCAUGGGGCUGUUUGCUCAAUCAGUGGAACAGAUGAAACCAACGGACCUGUCUUUGACAAAGAAGACUUCUAGACACUCAGAAGAGAGGCCAAGCAAAAGACUGAGAUCCGAAAAUGGGAUUUCCAAUGGGAUAGAUGCCAGAAGAACACCCAGUGGGAUCCAUAACCAGUACGACCAUCCAGGCAGCCUGUUGUGUAAUCAAUGCAAUGCAGCCUUGCCAGACUUUGAGGCAUUCCGCAGUCAUAUCAAGUCACAUAUAGACGAGGCAGGGGGUCUGCUAGGUGGUGGGGAGCCCCGUAAAGCCCCACCUGUAGUCUGUCCCCACUGCGGGGCCCAGCUAGCCUCUCAGGAGGAACUCCCUCAACAUUUGACCAGUCACUUUCUCGCGACGGCAACUGAGUACGGAUGCCAGAGCUGCAUGAAACUUUUCACUAAGCCAGACGAACUACAGAAACAUCUGAUGGACAUUCAUGCUCACCAUCUAUACAGAUGUGCCCUCUGCAAAGAGAUGUUUGACUCUAAAGUGGCAAUACAGGUCCACUUUGCCGUGAAGCACAGUAACGAGUCCAAGCUAUUUCGAUGUACAGCUUGUCCUUCAGUUGCUGUUUACCGCUCGGAGAUGGACUUUACACUUCACGUCAGGACGAUGCACACGCCACAACAUCUUGCAUCUCCAAAACCUCCAAUAGUGCAGGCUGGUAUGUUCCGUUGUCUGUUCUGUCAUCUCAGUUUCCCCUCUGAACUAGAGAUGCAGCUCCAUCUGCCUGUACACACCAAGCAAUUCCAUUGUCACCUCUGUCAAGAAUCUUUCCCAGUCGAGUUCCUUCUGGACAAACAUCUUCAGACUCAUCAUUCAGCACAGGUUCUGAAUGGAGCAGAAGAGGUUGAUCACAAGCCUAGCAAGGGAGUGAAGACUUCUCCAUCCAGCCAUCCCUCGUCGAAUGGUAACAUUUCCGAUAACAAGAAGCAGGACUCGGUGAAUAACAACAUUGUCGUGAGCAGCUGUGAGAUCUGUGAAAGAAGUGACUUUAGCUCAGAAGCGGAGUUGGCAGCUCAUCGUAAACUCGUACAUCACGUAAAGAGCUCCUCCUCUUCUGGCAAGCUAAGUCUACAUUGUGCCUACUGCAGUGAGAGUUGCAAGUCCCGUUCUGAUCUGGAGAACCACAUGAAGAGUCACUCACAAGGAUGUGUGACUCAAGGAAAACACAAAUGUAACAUUUGUGACGAGAUGUGCUCUUCUGCCGCUGUACUUGCAGAGCACAAACUGACUCACUGUAAGGUGAUAAACGGUACGUCCUGCACACAAUGCAAAGCGUCCAUCACCAACGAAGACUUGUUUUACCAACAUUUGCGACAACACAGUAACAUAUCUCCGUCCAGCAACGGAAGUCCAACCAACCAACUGGUGUUGCCGACAGCGUGCGUCAUCUGCCGACAGACACUGGUGUCCGACAUGGAGGCAAGGAUACACGCCCGGUUCCAUCUCAACCAAUCAGACGCAUCACAGUGUUCCGUGUGUCUGCACGCCAAUGAUCGUAGAGACCUGGUCGGUGGUAUUUGCAAGGACUGUUACCAUCGACAUGGAAAGACCUCACCUACAAGGUGUACGGAAUGUCAGCUGAAGUUUGAGACAGUGCCUGCUCUUGAGGCUCAUAUGGCUGCCGUUCAUAGAAAGACUUAUCAGUGCAUCAAGUGUCAGGUGAGUUUUGAGACGGAAAAAGAGAUUCAGCAGCACGUUGCAACCCACCUUAUGUCCGAAGGAGGCUCGGGAUUGGAGUGUCGACUCUGCAUGAGAGUGCUCGGUUCGCCCUUGCAGCUGCAAACUCAUCUGAUAGAACACACCUUUGCAGGCUGUCCAACCUUUACCUGUUAUAUAUGUAGUGCUGUGUUCACGGCUGCCCAUGGACUGCAGGCUCACAUGUUAGAGCACGGCUUGGCCGCACGACCUUACGAUUGUCCCAGCUGUUCACAAAGGUUCUUCUUCCGAGCAGAGCUUGACAACCACAGCUUCGUCCAUUUGGAUGAGGAAAACAGAGAGGACCGACAAAAGGGUCCUCCCUACUUUCCGUUCAGAACAAAAAUGGAAUCAGCCAAUUCUUCACCACAAUCAUCAGAGAGUCCAAAAGAUGUUUCAACUGAGGAAAGAAGACCAAAGACCGCUGAAUACAAGUGUAAAAUUUGUAACAAGGAAUUUGACAAUGCUGUUUCCCUGGAGGCUCACAACCAGCAACAUCACGAUUCCGAGAAAGAAAUACUGGAGGAGGAGAGGAAUAUAAAGAAAGAGAUCAAAGAAGAACAGGUUGAAGAAGAGGAAGAGGAAGAACAGAUAGAUGUUGGCGAUCAUCACAGUGAAGACACAGCGAGAUCUGAAUGUUCCGUAGCCUCUGAAACCCUUCAUGAACAGUCUAACAGCUCGUAAAUAUGUAAAUGUAUGAAAAAAACAUUUUGUUUGUCAAGGCCAAACUGAAAAAAAAACUGUUAUCAAUAUAUAUUGCAUUUAUAUACUGGUGGAAUGUAAUAAAUCUUUUGUACAUAA